CGUGUCUCCACAGAGAAGGUGUUCGCCAGCCUCCCCCAGGUGGAGAGGGGCGUUUCCAAAAUCCUCGGCGGCGACCCUAAGGGCAACAAUUUUCUGUACACCAAUGGCAAGUGUGUCAUCCUGAGGAACAUCGACAACCCAGCUGUUGCGGACAUCUACACAGAGCACGCCCACCAGGUUGUGGUGGCUAAGUACGCACCCAGUGGCUUCUACAUCGCCUCUGGAGAUGUCUCUGGGAAAUUGAGGAUCUGGGAUACCACACAGAAGGAACACCUACUCAAGUAUGAGUACCAGCCUUUUGCCGGGAAGAUCAAGGACAUUGCUUGGACUGAAGACAGUAAGAGGAUCGCCGUGGUCGGGGAAGGAAGGGAGAAGUUUGGCGCAGUCUUCCUGUGGGACAGUGGCUCUUCCGUGGGUGAGAUCACAGGACACAACAAAGUUAUCAACAGCGUGGACAUCAAGCAGAGCAGGCCAUACAGGCUGGUGACAGGGAGUGAUGACAACUGUGCUGCAUUCUUUGAGGGACCCCCGUUCAAGUUCAAGUUUACAAUUGGUGACCACAGCCGCUUUGUCAACUGUGUGCGAUUCUCUCCUGAUGGAAACAGAUUUGCCACAGCCAGUGCUGAUGGCCAGAUAUACAUUUAUGACGGGAAAACGGGAGAGAAAGUGUGUGCGCUCGGAGAAGGCAAGGCCCACGAGGGAGGAAUUUAUGCUAUUAGUUGGAGCCCUGAUAGCACCCAUUUGCUUUCUGCCUCUGGAGACAAAACCUCUAAGAUUUGGGAUGUCGGCGUGAACUCUGUUGUCAGCACGUUUCCCAUGGGCUCCAGUGUUCUGGACCAGCAGCUGGGCUGCCUGUGGCAGAAGGACCACCUGCUCAGCAUCUCGUUGUCUGGGUACAUCAAUUACCUAGACAAGAACAACCCCAGCAAACCCCUGCGGGUCAUCAAGGGCCACAGUAAGUCAAUCCAGUGUCUGACGGUGCACAAAAACGGCGGCAAGUCCUACAUCUACUCUGGGAGCCACGAUGGGCACAUUAAUUAUUGGGAUUCAGAGACAGGGGAAAAUGACUCCUUUUCUGGAAAAGGCCACACGAAUCAGGUGUCCAGGAUGACUGUGGACGAAUCUGGGCAGCUCGUCAGCUGCAGCAUGGAUGACACUGUGCGCUAUACCAACCUCAUGCUGAGGGACUACAGUGGACAAGGAGUUGUGAAACUGGAUGUUCAACCAAAGUGCGUAGCCGUCGGCCCUGGGGGAUAUGCUGUGGUCGUGUGCAUCGGGCAGAUUGUCCUGCUGAAGGACCAGAAGAAGUGUUUCAGCAUUGACAGUCCUGGCUACGAGCCGGAAGUCGUGGCAGUGCACCCUGCUGGAGACACAGUGGCUGUUGGAGGCACGGAUGGCAAUGUCCGUGUGUACUCAAUCCUGGGCAGCACACUGAAGGACGAGGGCAAGCUCCUGGAGGCCAAGGGCCCUGUGACAGACGUGGCCUACUCCCAUGAUGGCGCCUUCCUCGCCGUGUGUGAUGCCAGUAAGGUGGUCACCGUGUUCAGCGUUGCUGAUGGCUAUUCGGAGAACAACGUUUUUUAUGGACACCAUGCAAAAAUCGUCUGCCUGGCCUGGUCACCAGACAACGAGCACUUUGCCUCUGGUGGCAUGGACAUGAUGGUGUACGUCUGGACCCUGAGUGACCCAGAAACCAGAGUCAAGAUCCAAGAUGCACACCGGCUACACCAUGUCAGCAGCCUGGCCUGGCUAGACGAGCACACGCUGGUCACCACCUCCCACGACGCCUCUGUCAAGGAGUGGACAAUCACCUACUGAGGACGCCCUCCCCACCCAUGGACCGAAUCAGGGACUAGUGUUUAACCGCAGCGGAGCAUAUUCUCUUAACUGUUUCUGUAACGCGCCCCUCGCCCCCCCGCCGCCCAGGAGGGAAGAGGGCCUGGGUGGCCACCUGCGUCCCUGCAGGGUGCUCGUGUCUGUACGCGUCCUUCUGAAAGCUUUAGACAGUAGCAGUUUGCACAUGAAAAAUAAAGUGAGCACUUAAACAGCG